CCGCAAAGCUUCCUGGAAAUGUCCUCAUUAUCACUUCCCCUGCAGGGCUGGGGGCUGGGAGCGGGCAGUCCCCUCCGCCCCCGGCUCGGGCCGCUCCCGCCAGCUCCGUUGCGCAGCAGUCCUGGGAGAGCCGCUGCCCGGGCUGGCGGCUCCCACACGCGGCCCCGCGCUCCGGCUCCCCGCCGCUUCGCCAUGAGGGUCCCGGGUGGGCGCUGCGGGGCGCUGCUGCCCUGCCUCGCCUUUGUGAUCGUCGUCUCCGAGGCCAAUAACUUUUUAUCCAGGCAAGAUGCUUCCCAAGUCCUAGUUAGGAAACGCCGUGGAAACUCUGGGGUUGAAGAAUUCAAAAAGGGUAACCUUGAAAGAGAAUGCAUUGAAGAAAUUUGCAAUAAAGAAGAAGCCAGGGAAAUCUUUGAAAACGAUCCCGAAACAGAUUAUUUUUAUCCAAACUACUUAGUUUGUCUUGGCAGCUUCAGAGCUGGAUUGUCCAACAAAGCACUUUCGAAAAGAGCUGCUGUUACUACUGAACUAAGGAACUGUGUCAAUGCCAUUCCUGACCAGUGCAAUCCGAUGCCAUGCAGUGAAGGUGGAUAUAUCAAGUGCAAAGAUGGCCUAGCUUCAUUCACUUGCAUUUGUAAGCCAGGCUGGGAAGGAGAGCUGUGUGACUUAGAUAUAAAUGAAUGCAAAGAUCCCUUCAAUAUCAAUGGAGGUUGUGAACAGAUUUGUGAUAAUAUACCUGGAAGUUACUACUGUUCCUGUAGAAGUGGUUUUCUUAUGCUUUCAAAUCAAAAAGGAUGUAGAGAUAUAGAUGAAUGCUUUUUAAAGCCAGACAUUUGUGGCACAGCUGUGUGCAGGAACAUCCCAGGAGGCUUUGAAUGUGAAUGUGCUGAAGGCUACAGAUAUAGUCCCAAAUCAAAAGCGUGUGAAGAUGUGGAUGAAUGCUCAGAGAACAUAUGUGCUCAACGAUGUGUCAAUUCUCCAGGAAGUUACUCUUGUUCUUGUGAUGGGAAGAAAGGAUUCAGACUUGCUCAAGAUCAGAAGAGUUGUGAGGAAAUUCCAGUUUGCCUUCCCUUGAAUCUUGAAAAAAAUUAUGAAUUACUUUAUCUGGCAGAGCAGUUUUCAGGGGUUGUUUUAUACUUAAAAUUUCGUUUGCCAGAAACCACCAGGUUUUCUGCUGAAUUUGAUUUCCGCACAUAUGAUUCAGAAGGUGUUAUCCUAUAUGCAGAGUCUCUAGAUCAGUCUUCUUGGUUCCUGAUUGCACUUCGUGAUGGAAUGAUUGAAGUUCAAUUUAAGAAUGAGUAUUCAAGCCAAAUCACAACUGGAGGCAAAGUUAUUAAUAAUGGCCUAUGGACUAUAGUUUCUGUGGAAGAAGUAGAACAUAGUAUAAGUGUUAAAGUAGCCAAGGAACCUGUGAUGAAUAUUAUUAAACCUAAUACCCUUUUUAAGCCUUCACAUGGCUUUCUAGAAAUCAAAGUAUAUUUUGCAGGAUUACCUCGCAGAAUGGAGAAUGAACUCAUUAGACCGAUUAACCCUCGUCUAGAUGGAUGUAUACGAGGCUGGAAUUUGCUAAGCCAAGGCGCUUCAGGAGUUAAAGAAAUUAUUCAAGAAAAACAAACUAAGCAUUGUUUUCUCACUGUGGAGAAGGGCUCCUACUACCCUGGUUCUGGAGUUGCUCAAUUUAGCAUAGAUUAUAAUAACAUGUCCAAAGCGGAGGCUUGGCAACUGAAUGUCACCUUGAAUAUGCGUCCAUCUGUAGGCACUGGUGUUCUGUUUGCCUUGGUAUCUGGUAACACAGUACCAUUUGCCUUGUCCUUGGUGGACUCCACCUCUGGAAAUUUUCAGGAUAUUCUGGUGUCUAUUGAAGAUACUGUAAUAUCUCGGCUAGAGGCUCUAAAUCUGUGUUCCGGUCAAAACACACAUCUGGAAUUCAAAGUCAACAGAAACAGCCUAGAGCUCUUGACUGCCCAUAGAAAAGAUACUCUCUACUCGGAAGACCUUUCAAAACAACUUGCCAUCUUGGACAAAGCCAUGAAGGGAACAGUGACCACUUACCUAGGUGGCAUCCCAGAUAUUCCAUUCAAUGCCACACCAGUCAAUGUCUUUUAUAAUGGCUGCAUGGAAGUGAACAUCAAUGGUCUCCAGCUAGACCUGGACGAAGCCGUUUUCAAACAUAAUGAUAUAAGAGCUCACUCAUGCCCAGCAAUUCUGAAAAAUACAUAAUUCCUAAGGCAUCUCUUCUGUUAAUAAUACCUUACUCCUAUUGUAAUUAAACUGAUAUUUCAAUAAUAGCUGCAGGGCUCGUGAUGUGCAGAUUUAAUUAUUUUGUGGUUCUUUGACCUUUUUGGAAUUUAAAAACGGUCCCUUUUCAAGAAAACAAGAUGGCUGUAGAGAAAUUAAACGAUGAAAUAAAUUAUAAUUUGAAUUAUAUGAUUCAGCAUUUUUUAAAAUUUACACGACUACAAAAGUGAAAUGUAAUUUGUAUCAGUAUGAACUAGAGUUUUGAUACCUAUUUUACUGAGAAAACAAAAUAGGAAGCCCAAAUACAAGUGUAUAUGGUUAACAUUGAUUGGAACUGAUACUAUUUUGUUUUUACGUUUUUUUAAUGACAGAAAAAUAGACAUAGUUGAAGGCCUGAUACUAUGAAUUAAGUUUAGACUUUAAGUAUUAUUGCAACACUUGGGGACCCAACGUUGACCAUAUUUUUCUUUCUCUUCACUUCACAUUCAAAGCAGUUGCCUUACUUAAAUUUGAAAACAAGUAGGAAAAAUUUUCAUGAGAGCAUUCCUCCACUCUUGCUGGUUUGUGAUUGGAGUCCCUGGGGAUGGGAAUAUGUGCAGAAACCUUGGCUGGGUACAUGUCUAAAAUGUGACGUAUGCAUCACACAAAAUCAAGUUAAAAAAGACAGUAUCUAAUGAUAAAAAAGUGAGUGAAUAAAAAUAGAAAUUCAUUUUUUUUUCUUAAAUCCAACGUUAACUACCAGAGUAGGUUGCAAGAACGUGACUGUUGAAGGAUAAAGGAAUUAUUAAAGAUAGAACAGUUUGUAGUAAAAGGAUACCCGUGAUGGGACAGUUAAUAUUAUGUGUUUUAAUGAAGGAGCUAAGAUUACCCUUCACUAGCUGAAAUGAAUUUGUGAGUGGUAUCACCCUCAAACAAAUCAUUCACAUAAGGAAUGCAUUAGAUGUUUCAUUGCCAAUUAAAAUAAUAUUUUUUCUAAUGUAAGAUUUUUAUAACUUGUAAAAGAUAAUGAAUUGGCACAUAGUUAAAAUUUGUUUGAAUAAUAUAUAUUCCAGCAACAUUUUGAGCAGCAUAAAAUUACAUAAUUUAUAUGCAAUCAUAUAUCACAGAUCUUUAGUUAAAAAAGGUAAAGCUCAGUUACAUGAUUAUAUCUGGGUUAUAGAAUGUAAUUCAUUAAAGGAAUAAAAGCAAAAGUAACAUGAAUUGAGUGUUUGAUGUAUGAAAGAAAUUAUUCUAGGUUAUCUCCCUGA